AUGCGUAACAUCAUCGAAUCGAAGUGGCAGUCCUUCGGCGCCCUGCACCACACCAUCCAGAGCAUGGCUGCAGCAUGUCUAGCUAAAGACUUUCCCCAUCUUGCCUCCAUGGCCGCGACCGAACACUCCCGCGCCCUCACUUCCGUCCGUGGCACUUUACCUUCUGCCGAGCUGUACGAAGCGAAGUUGAUCGUGUACACGAUGCUAGGCCACACAGCAAGCUGGCUCGACCCCCACAACCUCGCCACAGACAUAUUCCGCGACACCUACAAAGCCGUCAAAGAAAUGCCCAGCGACGACAGCAGCAACUCCCGACGUUUCUUUAGCGGGACCCUCGAUUACUGGGCCAUGCUCCUCGCGUACCUCACCGACUGCGAAGACCUAGGCGACUACGAGCCCGGCACAACACCAAUCACGAAGCCAACAGCCUCGGAACGCAUAGAUCCGCACCCAUAUUCCGGCCUCUCGCAGGAAACAGUGCAGAUAGUAACAGAGAUCGGUAUACUGAUUUUCCAGUACCGAAAACGCAUGUCGACGAUCAAAUUCCUACUCGAGGAACAUCUCGACACCUUCCGCGAAGCCCUCCGCAAGGCUCGUCGGCUGGAACGAAGUCUCCUAGCCCACCGUCUUCCAGAACUCACCCAAGUCCACGACACGGGGGACCCGAAGACGCCACUGAGCCACCUCCAGGCCAUAGACGAAGCAUACAGAUGCACCGGCCUUCUCCAGCUCUACCGCGUAUUCCCGGACCUCCUCAACGAGCGCUACGCCCCGUGGAGUAAAGAGUACAUCCUUCGGCCCGUGCCUGCGGAGAAGGUCCCCACGGCCAAGGAGCGUCGUAUCUGGCUGACGGAACUCGCGAAGCACAUCCUCAGCAUCCUGCAGGAGAUCCCGUUCGAGUCGAGUACGCGCUGCGUGCAGCCGUUCAUCAUGGUUGCUUUGUCGAGCGAGCUGGAGCAUGAGAGCAGUGGACAUCCGCUGGAUGGGUUCGGCGUCGAUCAGUCGUCGGUGGAGGUGUCGCGCGCGCGGAACUUCAUCUGCUCGAGGUUGGCGGCGUAUUGGCAUAUACUGCCGCUGCAGAAGGUGAAGGUUAUUUUUGAGUUGAUUAAGUGUAUUUGGGCGGCACUGGAUUCGGGGAAGAAGGAUGUGUAUUGGUUGGAUGUUGCUUAUGAGAGGAGCCUUGCUACAAUGAUGGGCUGA